AUGGCCCGCGUCACGCUCGAAGAGUGGAAGCUGGCCGAUAUUCUCAUUGUGACGGACGGCCAGCUGGCGGCGCCUGCGCCCCUGAUCUGUGAGCAGCUGGCGCAUGCCAGGGAGCACCUGGGCCUGCGCACGCAUGGAUUGGUGAUCGGAGAUCGAGUGUCAGAGGCCAUGACGGCGUUCUGCAGCCAGACCCACCUGUUCAGGGGCGGGGUGCUCACCUCCUCGCCCAUGCGAUGA